GUGUGAAGAGCCCAGGCUGCAGGUGUGGAAACAUGAGCCACGUCGCCCUCUCCCUGGGGCUGGCCCUGCUGCUGUGCGGGGCCCAAGGCUUCUUCCUGCCCAAUGCCACGCACCUGGAGACACUGCUCCGCAAGUACCAGCCGGCCGAGCCCCACACACGCGUGCGCCGGGCCAUCCCGCGGGAGGACCGCGAGGAGAUCCUCAGGCUGCACAACAAGCUGCGCGGCCAGGUGGACCCCCCGGCCUCCAACAUGGAGCACAUGACCUGGGAUGAAGAGCUGGAGAGGUCGGCGGCGGCCUGGGCCCAGGAGUGCGUCUGGGAGCACGGGCCGUCCAGCCUGCUCGUGUCCAUCGGACAGAACCUGGCUGUGCACUGGGGCAGGUACCGCUCUCCCGGCUUCCACGUGCAGUCCUGGUACGACGAGGUGAAGGACUACACCUACCCCUACCCGCAUGAGUGCAACCCCUGGUGCCCAGAGCGCUGCACGGGGGCCAUGUGCACCCACUACACGCAGAUAGUCUGGGCCACCACCAACAAGAUCGGCUGUGCCGUGCACACCUGCCCGACCAUCAACGUCUGGGGCGACGUGUGGAAGAAUGCCGUCUACCUCGUCUGCAAUUACUCCCCCAAGGGGAACUGGAUCGGAGAAGCCCCCUACAAGACCGGCCGGCCCUGCUCCGAGUGUCCGCCUAGCUUUGGAGGAGGCUGCAGGAACAAUCUCUGCUACCGAGAGCCCUCCAAGCCCAAGCCGGAGACAGACGACAUGAACGAGGUGGAGACAGGCCCCGAGCCCGUGGGGAAGUUUGACUGGAUCUACCCCAGGGUGUACAGACCCACGAAACCCAAGAAGACCCCCUCCAUCCGCUACAUGACCCAGGUCGUCGGCUGUGACACCAUGCUGAGGGACAAGUGUAGAGGGUCCACGUGUAACAGGUACCAGUGCCCGGCAGGCUGUCUCAGGAACCCUGCAGAGGUGAUUGGAUCUCAGCUUUAUGACAGUGCGUCCAGCAUCUGCCGGGCCGCCAUCCAUGACGGCGUCCUGGAUGACAGAGGGGGCCUGGUGGACAUCACCAGGACCGGGAUGGUGACGUCCUUCCAGAAGACCCAGAGCAAUGGCGUGCAGUCCACAAGCAAAGUCAAGCCUUCCAGUUCAUUCAAGGUGUCCAAGGUGGAAGAGCAGGACCUGGACUGCUACACCACGGUCGCUCAGCUCUGCCCAUUUGAGGAGCCGGCCACCCACUGCCCGCGGAUCCGCUGUCCUGCCGGCUGUCGGGACCAGCCAUCCUACUGGGCCUCUGUGUUUGGAACCAAAAUCUAUGCCGACAGCUCCAGCAUCUGCAAGGCAGCUGUGCACGCCGGUGUGAUCCGUGAUGAGAGCGGCGGCUACGUGGACGUGAUGCCCGUGAACAGCAAGCCCAGAUACGUCGGCUCGCUGCGGAACGGCGUGACGUCGGAGAGCCUGAGCGAGCCUCGGGAUGGCAAGGCCUUCCGGAUCUUUGAGGUCAGGCCGUGAGCGGAGGCGCAGCGCCGGGACCAGGACGCCGUCCACGUCCACGGGGCUUCGGGGUCUUGCUUUCUCUUUUCACUUUGUCAUUGGGGGUGGGCGGGGACCUGGCGGCCGGGAGACUUGCUUCUGAUGGUGUCUGAUGUCACACCCCUGGCCUGAGGCUCACUGUGGAGCAGUGCCCCCGGGUCUCGGCUGGACAGCUGACUGGGGACUGGGCUGCCGGGGCCGGGGUCUCCAUCCUGCUGGGGCCAGGGUCUCCAUCCAGCAGCCUCUGACCUUUAGGGAUCCAGCCCGGUUCUUUUACUUUGGUGAUACUGGGAUUCGAACUUGGGGCCUUGACUUGCCAAAUUGGCUCUCAUCACUCCAGCCACACCCUGCCCUGGCCCAGGACAGUUAUGAUGAGGGUCUUGUCAUGUGUUCUCUUGGGGGGAGGGGAAGGACUCUAAGCCCCCCGAGAACGCGGAGUCUGAGUAGUGUCGGGGUGGGGAGAGGUACAGGGAACAGGCACAGAUGCAGAGUAAGAAGGUUAUUUAAAAAAAUAAUAAAGAACCACCGUCCAUCCCUUCCAAUGGAGAAGCAUAGGUUUAAUGUUUGCUGGUCAGACACAUGGGGCUGGUGAGGGUUGAGGGGCUCCGGCUCUGCCCUGGUGGCGCCCUAACUCCAGCCAGGCUGCGGCCUGCGGUGGCCGCGUGCACCAAGUCCUCACGCAGCAGUGCUGGUUUAUCCCGUCUCUGUCCCCGCUUGGUUCUCGUGGCCUGUCUGUUUCCUGCCGUGACUUUCGGUCUCCACGAGGACCGGCAACCCGGAGCCUCCUCCCAUCCUCCCUGGGGCUCCUGCCCGACUCCGCUGGCUUCGGUGUCAGGACUCUGCUUUGCAAGCGUCCGUCCUUUCUGGGCCCCUGGGCCCCCACAGCUCCUGGAGAGGCCUCGGAGCAGUUGUUUGGCCGUUGCUGUGGGAAGG